AUGCACGUGCUCAUUGCGUACACCAUGAAGCCGAAAGACCGCUUUGACUACGUUGCCACCGCCGCCCACUUCGCUGCCGAGUUCAACACCCGCACCAAUGUGAAGCUAUGCAACUCGAAGUCUGUGCACGCCUUUGUCUACCACAUCGAUCCUGAUUCCGAGCAGAUGAGGAUCGCGUAUCCGACGCUGCUGUUCGACCGCAACAUCGUCGACGGCCGCGGCAUGAUGUGCUCCUUCCUCACCUUGUCCAUCGGCAACAACCAGGGUCGCGAGCUGAGUCGGUCUCCAUUUGACAUGCUGCUGUUAUGGGAGUGCGCGGGUAUGGGCGAUGUCGAGUACGGCAAGGUCUACGACUUCUACCUGCCCCCGGCCUUCCUGCGCCUGUCUGAUGGGCCCGCCGUGAACGUGGAGGAUAUGUGGCGAAUCUUGGGCAAGGGCACCAGCAACGGUGGUCUCGUGGUUGGAACCAUCAUCAAGCCCAAGCUCGGCCUGCAGCCCAAGCCUUUCGGCGAGGCCUGCUAUGCCUUCUGGCAAGGUGGUGACUUCAUCAAGAACGACGAUGAGCCACAGGGCAACCAGGUGUUCUGUCAGAUGAACGAGUGCAUCCCCGAGGUCGUGAAGGCCAUGAGGGCCUGCAUCGAGGACACCGGUGUUGGUAAGUUGUUCUCGGCCAACAUCACCGCGAAUGAUCCAAUGGAGAAGAUCGCCCGUGGCAAGUACUGCCUGUCCCAGUUCGGGCCCCUGUCCCAGAACUGCGCCUUGUUGGUGGAUGGAUACGUUGCAGGAGGCACCGCCGUGACCUGUGCCCGCCGCAACUUCCCCAAGCAGUUCUUGCACUACCACCGAGCCGGACACGGAUCCGUGACCAGCCCCCAGACCCAGCGUGGCUACACCGCUUUCGUGCACACGAAGAUCUCCCGAGUCAUCGGUGCAUCCGGCAUCCACACCGGCACCAUGAGCUUUGGCAAGAUGGAGGGCGAUGCUUCCGACAAGAACAUCGCCUUCAUGCUGCAGGACGAUGAGGCCGAUGGCCCAUACUACCACCAGGAGUGGAAGGGCAUGAAGCAGACCGCUCCCAUCAUCUGUGGCGGCAUGAAUGCGCUGCGCCUGCCGGCCUUCUUCGAGAGCCUGGGCCACUCCAACGUGAUCCUCACUGCCGGCGGCGGCUCCUUCGACCACAAGGAUGGACCCAAGCAUGGUGCCAUCUCCUGCCGACAGGGAGAGGAGGCCUGGAAGGCCUGGAAGGCCGGACAGUACGGCAACAUCAGCCUGAGCGAUGGCGUCAUCGAGUUCGCCAAGACGCACGAGGAGAUCAAGGGUGCCUUCCUCACCUUCCAGAAGGACGCCGACCAGAUCUACCCAGGCUGGAAGCGGCUUUUUGCCCCGCCGGGACUGGCCGGUGUUGCAGAGCUUUCCGCUGCCUUGGCGAACCACAGCUGGUUUGACAUCGCGGCGGCCCUCAAGGAUCUGCCGCCAACGCAGCUCGCGCUGAUCAAGGACGCCCUGGGCUAUGGCAUGGGCAAGGGCUUUUACAAAGGCUCCACACAGGUGUACGGCCCGCAGCACCUGAACACCGUGUUGGGGAAUGACAAUGUGCCCAAACUCCGGGAAGAACAGGAGUGUGUACCUUUAUGGCAUCGGCGAAAUCGAGGAGGCAGUUCGCCUGUACCGCUCGGCGCAAGACGGAAGAACGCGUCAGCUUCUUGCCGCAAGCGGAGCUUGAGCUUUGAGGCCCAGUGGCAAGCGCGUCCAUGCACCAGUUUGCAGUCCGAAGCUGAAAAUUUGCCAUGUCAC